AUGAAGAUCCACAGCCAAAGCCCUUUUUUGGCGGUUCUUGGCACCUCUGUCGAUCCCUUCAAAACUCUCUCUCAGCACAUCACGGGAGUGAAAGGAAUGGAUGAAGAUCGUAUUGGGUUGAUCUUGGCUCGAGCCUCAGAGCUACGAUCCAAGAUUACCAACUGCAUUCACAAAGCACCUGCUCUAGAAUCAGACCACUUUACAACGAAAGAAGAGCGAGAAGGUGAAGAAGAAGAAGAAGAGGCAGAGAGCCUAUUGAACAUUCGCGAUGCCCUCGAAUCGCUUGAAGCUCAGCUAUCUUCUUUGCAGGUUUGUUCAUUCUUUUUAACUUUCUUUUCUUUGUUUGUUUGA